AUGGACGUGAAUCGCAUCUUCAGCGCCGAGCAGAUCGCGGUGCCCGUCGAGCUGCCGCUGAUCCUCAAGGAGUGGACGAAGGACGUCAUCCGCGCGUCGCCCGCCGACAUCAUCGCAUUCUCACUCCACUGGUUCCAGGAAAAAGCUGCGGAAGCGCUCAACGGCAAGCUCUCGGUCGCCGAGAUCGAGAACUUCCGCAAGCUCUUUGAGCAGUACGACGUCGAUAUGAACGGGCGCAUGGAGGCGCGGGAGCUGCGCACGUUCGUCGUCCAAGACUUGAACGUGGAAGUGACCGAAGCCGAGCUCGAGGCCGUCGUGAUGCUUCUGGACGCCAACAACACGGGGUACCUCGAGUACGCCGAGAUCCUCAAGUGGUACGCCCGCCAAGUGGCCUAA